GAUCCCGCUUGCAUUUCCUUAGCAUAUAUCGAAUGAACCAAGCCUAUUACGGUGUGCCCAUGACCAGUCAAUAGUCUGCGUUUGAUAUUGAGGCUCUGAUUAGCCUAACUCGCCGGAGGAGCCAUGGUGAACGGGAUUCAACCCAACCGCUCGAACCUCUGCUUUAUCUGCUGACCGGAACAUGUUGCUAUCUAUCACACAGAUGUACUGCAUUGCCGACAUGGUACGAGCCAAGCUGUCCUUAGAGGCAGCCCGACCCGACCCAAACCUCCGACUCAUCAUCGGCCACCUCAACGUGCUUGAGCCCCUGAUGCUCGAACUUUCCGACGCUGAAGUCAAGCACCAGAAGUGCUUUGAUCGUUAUGCAAACGGCGUCACGAAGCCCACCGAAUCUCACACCUUACAGGUCGAUAUUGUCGCAGAGGAGCUCGCGGGGAAGGAUUCGUUCGCUGAUGGCGACCAGUUCAACACCCCCGUGAUCUCAAAACUGCAACAACCCGAUAGCAUACACGAUCUAACGAGGGAUGCUGCACGGCUCGAGCUUAUCCAGACAUCACUGUCUAAUUCUCAGCCAUUGCUAGCCAUCGCCACGCGAAUGUUCGCUGCAGAGGGCAUAAAGCGACAGGUUCGACCACCCAACAACAAGGCCUGGUAUCGAGGAGUCCAACGGGCCUCGUAUCCGGUUUAAUAUUAUAACGUUACUAGGUGAGGCUCUCGAAAGAAAACUCCAAACCGUACUCAGCUUCCACCGCCACUACCAAACCUCCGCCAUCCACGGCAAUCACGUAGCAUGCUUCCUCCUCUCCUGCCGGAGCAACUAAGCAAGCUGAAACGUCUUCUCUGCCAUCUUCGAUGUUAGGCCUAUCUUCGGCUUUCGCGCCUUCCACCUUAUCAUCGAUGACGCUUACACCAUCUUCCGUCCUCAAGAAGCCGCCGCCGCCGCCGCAAGGGUCCGCGCCUUGAUGGAGUACAAGUACAACACAGACGCCAAUCGAACCCAAAACCUGCAAGGCUCGCAGUAGCGUCUCGGACGCAAUGGGCAAAAUCAACCACACGUCUGAAAUAUGUGUUGUGGAAGCUAGAGAGCCCGACGUACGUAGUGCUGAGCUCAUUCCUGGCACGAAGGCCACCUACUUGUGAUGCUCAGACGAGUUCUUGACGCCGCUCGUGUUGCGGAGCCAUGGGCUUUGUUGGAGAGGGGAUGCCAUUGAUGGGGGCGGCGGUAUGGACCUGGCAACGACGAUGCAAACGUGGACCCAGUGGACCCUAUUUUCAGGAGCCUUGGUAAGCGCUGAGACUUAGAGCAGCUUGAUCCUGUCGAAGAUGUACUUGUCGGAGGCAAUCACUGGAUUGAGAGUCAAUGUGUCACUGAAGGAGUGCUUUCAGCUUGCCUUGGACAGAGCAGACGAGCUGCCGCGUGAUCAGUAAUGUGGAGAGAAGGACAAGUUCUAAAGUGCUCACUAAUAUCACAGAGGAGAAGUGUCCGGGGGCUCUUUCGGAAGAGGAGGCAGAAGGCAAUAGACCCUUUGGACCUCACAUUACGUAUUGCGAACUGAAAAAAUGCUUCCAUCCACUGAGCGCAUCACCGUAAAAGUAUAGCUAGUCUGGCCAUCAAGCCAUUAUAUUGCCUUAAAAAGACCGUGGACUUUUGUAGUUGGGCAUUCUUC